AUGGAAAAUGAAAUAUAUAAAAGGAAAUAUGACGAUUAUGAUGAGGAUGAAGAACAACAACAACAACAACAGCCACCAUUAAAAAGAUAUGAAUCACAAGAGAAUCACCAAUUAAAUAAUAGUUUGCAAUAUAAGAAUUAUAACUCAAAUAGCAGCGAUAACGAGAAUGAAUCAAACGAAGAAUAUACUAGCGAUAAUACUAAUAACAAUGAAAAUAAUGAAAGUAUUGAAAAUAAUGAAAGUAUUGAAAAUAAUGAAAGUAGCGAAAAUAAUGAAAGUAGCGAAAAUAAUGAAAGUAGUGGAUUAAAUUCGAGUAAUAGUAAUAUAAUAAAUAAAACAGAACCUUUGGAAACAACUAAAUAUUUAAUCCAAUUUGAUAAAUCAAAACCAAAAAAAGAAAUAGAACUAUAUAGCGAAGAAGAUGAUAGAUAUAUUAAACAAGAUUCAGUUUCAUUACCACCAUUAAUAGAUAAUUUCCCAUCUUUUCACCGUGAAAAUCACCAUGGUGGUCAAAGAAAUAAUAGAUUUAGAAAUAACAAUAACAGCAACAACAACAAUAAUAACAAUUACAAUCGUCACCCUUCCGAUAACCCCCCAAUUGGUGACCCAAAUGAACAGCAACAAAAUAAAAGGAACUACCAAAAACAAUGGCACCCCUCUGACAACCCAAAUGAACAACAAAACAAUAACAACAAUAGAAACAGAUAUAACAACAAUAGAAACCAUCCAAAGCAAUGGCACCCUUCUGAUAAUGAACAACAACAACAACAACAACAUAACAAUAAUAAUAGAAAUUAUCAUCAAAGAAACCAACAACAGUGGCAUCCAUCUGAUGGUCCACCUCCAUCACAUAGUAAUAGAUAUAAUAACUCGCCCCAGAAGCGUCACCCAUCUGAUUAA